UUCUCGCGAUAUUUGUCCCGUCCGCUUUCAGACUCCAUGAUCUGUUGCCGAGCGGCGCGCCGCGAUCGUUCAUGACGCCCCUCAGCGCGUUGUGCGGCGCUCGUAUCCCCGCUCGGAUGGACUAGAGAGCGAUCCGCGAGGAUGGAGAGCGUGAAACUGAAGAAAAGCGGCGCUCCGGGUGCGGCCUUGAGAUCCGCGGCCGAUGAAGAAGACGACGAAGGCCAGAGAGCGUCGAACCCGCGUCAGAACCGGAGCCGGAGCCCCGCCGAGCUGAGGAAGAGGAGGGUGAGGAGGCACGCGUCCAGCGUCAGCUCGUCUCUGGACCGGCAGAGACACCGCGCCGCGGCUCCGCUGCAGCUGUGUGACCGGCAGUGGGUCCGCCACGACCUGCGCCGCGGCUCCGUGCACGUCCACGACCGGCUGACGGUGCGCUCUCUCCCGCCGCGGCUCGUGCUGUGCACCGCGGACUGCACGGCGGCCGAGAUCGCGCAGCGCCUGAGCGGCAAACCGGGCUCGGUCCUGAGGCUCGCCGCCAAGACGGACGUGAACGGGAACUGCGACGGCGACCGGCUGCGGCUGCUGCUGCUGGAGAAGGAGCACCGGUUCCGUUACGACAUCUACGCCGAGCCUCAGGACGAGGACUCCGUCAAGCGCUCCGCGGGCUCCGACGUGGAGAGCAGCAGCGACCUGAGCUCCGGGGCCCGGUUCGGCCGCCACCGGGACUCGCUCAGCGACGAUAUGACCCUGGGCACCGACGCUUCGGCUCUCGAGGGCCUGGACACGUACGCGAGCUCCUCGGACGAGCUGGAGCUGGACUGCCCGGUAACGGACGCGGCCGAGGCGGGUCCCUCCGUCGACUGGGACUCGGGUCCGGCGCUCUACGUUCAGCUGCACGGAGAGGCGGCGCGGCGUCUGGGGCCCGAGGAGAGGCCCCUGCAGAUCCAGAACGACUUUCUCUUUAAACUGGGAUUUAAGGACCCGUGGCGCGUGCAGGAGGAGGGCAUGAACACCGAGCUGGGCUCGCUGCUGCGCUUCUACGCAGGAAAGCCUCACAGCAUCGAGAGCUCCGAGCGCAUCCAGCUCUCCGGAACAUAUAACGUACGGAAGGGGAAGCUGCAGCUGCCGGUGAACCGCUGGAGUCGACGGCAGGUGAUUUUAUGUGGCACCUGUCUGAUGGUGUCCUCCGUGAAGGCCAGUCACACGGGAAAGAUGCACAUCCUGCCGCUGAUCGGAGGAAAGGUGGAAGAGGUGAAGAAGCACAGUCACUGUUUGGCCUUCAGCUCGGCGGGACCUCAGAGUCAGACCUACUACAUCAGCUUCGACAGCUUCACCGAACACCUGCGCUGGCACCGGCAGGCGGCGAAGGUGGUGUCUCAGAGGAUCAGCUCGGUGGAUCUGUCCUGCUGUAGUCUGGAGAAGCUUCCUCCUAAUCUUCUGUACAGUCAGGAUCUGACACACCUCAACCUCAAACACAACUUCCUUCCUGCAGACCAGACUCUGCUGCAGCUCCAGAGCAGAUUUUCCCGCCUGCGGAGUCUCAAUCUGUCUAAUAAUCAGCUGGGGAGUUUCCCGCUGCCCAUCUGCUCCAUCAGCACACUGACGGAGGUCAACCUCAGCUGCAACCGCCUGACCUCCGUCCACCCCGACCUGGGCAACAUGAGCAAUCUGCAGACGCUGGUCCUGGAUGGGAAUCUGCUGAGCGCUCUUCCUGCGGAGCUGGGCAGUCUUCAGAGACUCAACUAUCUGGGUCUGUCCUUCAAUGAGUUCAGUCAGGUGCCGUCGGUGCUGGAGCGGCUGCCCGCCGUCGAGAGGCUCUGCAUGGCCGGGAACAGAGUGUGUGUGCUGACGCUACAGGCCUUCCGCCUGCUGACGCUCAAACACAUCGACCUGCGUCUCAAUCAGAUCUCUUCUGUUCUGCCGGACGAGCCUGAGUUUCUGCGUCACGUGACUCAGCUGGACCUGAGAGAUAACCGUCUGAGUGAGCUGGACGCCUCCGUCUUCCCCCGACUGGAGGUGCUGCACUGUCAGAGAAACCUCAUCACACACCUGCGCCUGAGGGGCUGCUCCCUCAAAGCCCUCCACGCCUCCAACAACGAGCUGCAGGAGCUGGACGUCAGUCCCGUCGCCGCCGGACUCACAUACAUGGACAUCUCCAGGAACUGCAUGAAGGCUCUUCCUGAUUGGCUGAGUGACAGCAAGAAGCUGGAAGUUCUAGACGUCAGUCACAAUCACAUCACUGAACUUCCUCCGUGGCUGCUGUGCAGUGGGAGUCUGAGGAAGAUCCUGGUGGGUCAUAAUGAGCUGAAGCGUCUGCCGGAGCGAGUGGAGCGUCCAGCGGUGGAGGUGCUGGAUAUACAGCACAAUCAUCUCAGCGAGCUUCCCUGCAACCUCUUCCUCAAAUCAGAGAGUCUGCGGUGUCUGAACGCAUCGGCCAAUAAGCUGGAGAAUCUGCCGGCGUCCAGCCUAUCAGAGGAGAGCAGCAGCGUCCUGCAGGAGCUGUACCUGACCAACAACCACCUGACGGACAGGUGUGUGCCGCAGCUGACCGGACACACACACCUGCGCAUCCUGCACAUGGCCUACAAUCACCUGCAGACCUUCCCAGCCAGUAAAAUGGCCAAGCUGGAGGAGCUGGAGGAGCUGGACCUGAGUGGGAACAGGCUGAAGGCGGUGCCCACCACCAUCAUGAACUGCAGACGCAUGCACACACUAGCGGCUCACUCCAACUGCAUCGAGGUCUUCCCUGAGGUCCUGCAGCUCCUGGAGAUGAAGUGUGUGGAUCUGAGCUGUAAUGAGCUGAGUGAGAUCACGUUACCUGAGAGUCUACCUCCGAAGCUUCAAGAGCUGGAUCUGACGGGAAACCUGCGUCUGAAUCUGGAUCACAAGACCCUCGAGCAGCUCAAUAACAUCCGCUGUUUCCGGAUCGACCCGCCCCCCUCCUCGUUCUCAGCCAAUGAGGGAGCAGGAGGACCAGCUGUCUGGAGUCACGGCUUCACCGAGGCCUCGGGCGUCAAGAACAAACUGUGUGUGGCAGCGCUGUCGGUGAACAGCUUCUAUGGCAGCAGAGAAGCUCUGUACGGGGUGUUUGACGGCGACAGGAACGUGGAGGUGCCGUAUUUACUGCAGUGCACCAUGAACGACAUACUGGCCGAGGAGCUGCACAGGACCAAGAGCGAGGAAGACUACAUGACCAACACCUUCCUCGUCAUGCAGAGGAAGUUGGGCACCGCAGGGCAGAAGCUGGGCGGGUCGGCGGCGCUCUGUCACAUCCGUCACGACCCCACGGACCCCGCCGGCUGCUUCACCCUCACCGCUGCUAACGUGGGCAAGUGUCAGGCGGUGCUGUGCCGCGACGGCAAGGCUCUUCCUCUGUCUCUGCUGCACAACAUCAGCAUCACGGAGGAGUACAGCCGCGUGCAGCAGCAUAAAGCCAUCAUCACCGAGGACAACAAAGUGAAUGGUGUAACGGACUCCACUCGCAUCAUGGGCUACUCCUUCCUUUACCCGGCAGUCUUGCCUCGCCCAUACGUCACCACCCUCCCACUGACCCCCAGAGAUGAGUUCUUCAUCCUGGGCAGCAGAGGUCUGUUUGAAGUCUUGGACCCUAGCGAGGCAGUGGAAGCCGUACGGAAGGUGCCCGAUGCCCUGGCGGCCGCCAAGAAGCUGUGCACGUUGGCGCAGUCGUACGGCUGCACCGAUAGCCUCAGCGCUGUUGUGGUGCAGCUCAAUGUGGCGGAAGACUGUUGCUGUUGUUGUUGUGCGGCGUCUGCGGAGCCCGGCUCCGGAAACACGCAUGCACCUCCGAGCCCCGGGCCCGGGCUGUUCCCGGCCUCCUCCGCCGGUGUUCCCCCGUCCUCCUGCAGCGAGAUCAGCUCCGAGGUCAGCGCGUCUGAGAUGAGCUCUGAAGUGGGAUCGACCGCGUCCUCGGACGAGCCCCCGCUCCUGCUGCAGGAGGCACAGCUCCACCUCCAUCCGCAGAGCCACCCCAACCCACGCCUCCCCUGCUGCUCACUCCACCUUGCUCCCAGCUCCGCAAGCUCCUUCCAGAGGCAGCUGUCCAGUGCCACCUUCUCCAGCGCACUCUCGGACAACGGCUUGGACAGCGAGGACGAGGAGCCCAUCGCUGGAGUCUUCUCCAACGGCAGUCGGGUGGAAGUGGAAGCUGAUGUCCAUUGUCUGCUGCCUUUGCCUCCGCCUCCUCCACCCUGCACCCCAGAAACCCCGGAGAAGCUUCCGGAGGAAGCCGAGAACCUUGUGGGAGCGGAUUCUUGGAGCAAGACCUUGGGGAAGCGAAGGGGAAACGGCUCGGUGGCGCUGCAGGAGCAGAGUCACAACUUGAUUGAGGUUGCAACUGAAGUUCCUUCAAAGAAACCUGGAGGUUACUUUACGGCACCAGCUCAACCCGACCCAGACGACCAGUUCAUCAUCCCUCCAGAGCUGGAGGAGGAGGUGAAGGAGAUCAUGAAACAACAUCAACAGGACCAACAGAAGCCAGCUAAGAGCGAGAGACCUGCAGACUACUACGACACGCCGCUCUGAGGGAGUCGCUGCAUUCUGUCAUCAUCUACUCAGCCUGAUGACUUCAAUCCAGUUCUUGAAAGUGCAGUCUGUCACCUAAUACUAAAGCAGUUCUUGCACUAAUGCCACAAGAAUCUCAACGACAUGAGGCUGAGUAGAUGAAGACAGAAUGCACUCGGUACAGUGGAGUAUCUUCUGCUUACAGCUUCGCUGAGCUCAACCAAUAUGAAGCUGUCAGUCCUCGAGCUGCGACGGCUCCGAAAGGUCACAAGACUGGAGACCUAGAUGCCAUGUCCUACAAAAUCUACCAGGAUCUCAAACAAUCCUUCAACAGCAGUCGAGUGAAAUUGCAAGCUGAUGUCCACUGUCUGCUGUCUCCACCUCCUCCAUCCUGUACCCCAGAAACCCCGAAGGCUGGAAACCUUGCUGGAGCGGAUUCUUAGAGCAAGACCUUGAGGAACGGAGGGGAAACGGCUCAGUUGAGGUGGCAAUAGAAGUUCCUUCAAAGAAACCUGGAGGUUACUUCACCAUUCCAGCUCAACCCGACCCAGACGAAAAGUUCAUCAUCCCUCCGGAGUUGGAGGAGGAGGUGAAGGAGAUCAUGAAACAACAUCAGCAGGACCAACAGAAGCCGGCUAAGAGCGAGAGACCUGCAGACUACUACGACACGCCGCUCUGAGGGAGUCUCUGCAUUCUGUCAUCAUCUACUCAGCCUGAUCUUGUUGGCUUUAGUCCACAGGUCUUGAUCGUAGGGCUGGGCGAUAUAGCAAAAAUUAUUUUUUUGUUGUUUUUUUUUUGUAAUUUUCCCCAUAACGUUUGACUGAUUCAAGAUAAUACCAUCAUAACUAGUCAACUUAAAAACAUUCACUUUCUUAAAGUUAUUUUUCAACUGUACCAUACAUUUUAGAGGUCAAGAUCAAGGGCUGUCAAAAUGACUGGAAAACAAAAUUCUGUGCUUCAAUAUUAUGAAUAUUCUAAUUAUAUUCAUAUUUAAAAGGAAUCAAGAGGGCACAUCGAGCAAAAUACUGCUGAAGCACGUUUCUUUGAAGCAAUAAAAUAACAUGACUGUGAAAAGAGGGCAUAAUGUUUAAGAUUUAGAACCCAAAUAUGAUUAAUUUGUGUGACAGUUGUACUGUAUGUUUAACCCAAAGGGCUGAAAGCCAAUCAAUAGAUUAAUUUUAACUGACUUUCUAAACAUGCGUCUCUCUUGUGCGAGACGGUAAUAGAUGUCCCUUUAGAAAAACAUGCGUUCAGAGAUUUUUGACCCGAAGAGUGCUCUUAAAACACACACACUCACACACACACACACACACACACACACACACACACACACACACACACACACACACACACACACACACAUAAAA